AUGAGAACUAAGCCUGAGAGUGGGCCCAGCUUGACCGGGGUCCAGGGGCCCUAUACCGUGGGCCACUUACUACUAGUCAACUGUUCCUCACCCUUCUCGUACCCUCCCACUACCCUCACCUGGCACAUAAAUGGUCACCAGGCAUCACAUGCCACUGUGGUACAGUACCCAGGAAAGACAGACGGUGAGGGUCUGGAAGCGUCCUGGUCUGGUCUACACAUGUGCCUACAGAAAGAACACUUCCAGGAGGGUGUGCUGGUCCUCAGAUGCACAGCCUCCAUCCUUAACGUGUACAAGAAAUCCUCUCAAGUCACUAUAUUCGACUCAAGAUAUGAGGGCAGUGACCCUCCUGAAGGCGAGUCUACGGCAGUUAGCCCUGCUCUCCCGCCACAUCAACCUGCUCUAAUAUGCAAGAGUUACCCCUUCAAUCCUGCCCCAUCAACCUGCUCUAUUAUGCCAGUUACCCCUUCAAUCCUGCCCCAUCAACCUUCUCUAUUAUGCCAGAGUUACCCCGUCAAUCCUGCCCCAUCAACCUGCUCUAUUAUGCCAGUUGCCCAUUCAAUCUUGCCCCAUCAACCUGCUCUAAUAUGCCAGUUACCCCUUCAAUCCUGCCCCAUCAACCUGCUCUAA